AUUCUUAUGUACACCGUAUGUCGGGAUAUUUUCAACUCUUAUACUAUUCUUUUAUUGGCUGGUUUCCGCGGCAAAGCAUACCAAUGUUCGAAUACGGUCUUCACGACUGCAAAAUAAAGAGCUUUCUGAACGCUCUGAAACAUUUAUCAAACGUUUCGUCGAACUUACCUCUGACCAAUCACCGAACUCCAUUAUUGACUUGCGCAAUUUAAAUCGGACAAUUCGGACGACGUACCUUCGUUAUUAAUUAUUUAAGUCAUUUUCUAUCGUUUCAUUCGAUUAAUUAGUUUUGAUAUAAAACGCGUUUGAAUUUUACAAUGUUCUGCUUUUGUUUUCAUAAUGUAAUUUCAUUUCACGCGUUUCGAUGCGAAUUGUUGUAUUUAAAAUUAUCGAAAUUAUUUUCAUGUAUUUUCAACUGCGGUUGCGUGACCUUACCGCGUUUAUAAUUUCGUUGGUUCGAUAGAAACGUUGUUAAAGAUACGUUUGAAAGAUUUAGAAUUUCAAAUGAUUUAAUUUUAUCGAUUUUAAAUCUCUUAUAGAAAUCUCUUCUAGGAACUUAUUGAUUAACGGUCAAAAGCAGAUUAGAAGGGAUUAGAAAAAAAAAUAGAAGCAAAUAUUUUGUUCGAAUCUACUUGAAUUUGAAUUGCCAGUUGUUUUGAUAAAUUUUGAAGUGCGAAAGUAUAAAAAUAUUUUCAAUCUUUCUACGUUAUAUUCUAUAUACAUAUCCACAUACGUACAUACGUACAUACGUACAUACAUCGUACAAAUAACUAUUUGUCGUAAUUUAUAAUUAUUAUUACUAUCACCAUGGUAACAAGAAGGAAAACAAAUCGCAUUUACGCGCUCUUACAUUUAUUUCUGCAAAACUUUUAUAUUUCUAUAUAUUUCAAACGUUAUAUGCUUCGAAUAAUAUGAGUUAUUAUUAUAUUGUAAAUUGAAUAUUAUUACUGUAAUUUAUUGAUAUAUAUACAAUGAGGUUUAAAAUAUCUGCACAAAGUAGCAACGGUCACAAAAAUUUAGUUACGUGUGCAGCUUGGAGUUCGGCAGAAGAAAUAUUUUCUUGCGGAGAGGAUCAUUUACUAAUAUGCUGGUAUUUAGAAAGUGGAAAUGCACAUUCUACUGUUAUUACAGAAUUUUCAUCAGAUUUUUUUCCUACUUCGAUGCAAUGGCAUCCACGUCCUAAUCAUUUAAUAACAGCCAGUAAAAAGCAAUCGUUAGAUAUACUUUUAAUUACUACAGCAGAUGGAAGGUUUCAUCUGGUUAAUAAAAAUGGUCGUAUUGAAAAAAGUAUUGACGCUCACAAAGGUGCUACUACUAUUGGCAAGUGGAGUACAGAUGGUUCGGUAUUGCUUACAGCUGGAGAGGAUGGUUUAAUAAAAGUUUGGUCGCGUAGUGGUAUGCUUCGUUCUGUAAUAGUUAGAGGCAAUUCAUCUAUUUUAACAUCAGACUGGAGUCCAGAUUGUUCUAAAAUACUAUAUUCACAGGGAGGAUAUUUAUUUUUCCAAUCACUCAAUUCCAAUUCUAAACCUUACAAGUGGCAUGCUCAUGAAGGUCUUGUCUUGACUGUUUGCUGGAAUCAUAGUCAUGGAUUUAUUAUUUCUGGUGGAGAAGAUUGUCGAUAUAAGGUUUGGGAUUCUAAUGGUAAUCCAAUCUAUAAUAGUAGUCCUGGUGAUCAUCCUAUUACAGCAGUUAGUUGGUGCAGUUCGGGCGAUUAUUUUGCUAUAGGAUCUUUUAACAUGAUUAAACUUUGUGAUAGAACUGGGUGGUCUCAUUCUUUAGAAAAAAUUAAUACUGGGAGUGUAUAUAGUAUAGCAUGGUCUAGUGAUGGUACUCAGGUAGCUAUGACUUGUGGAAAUAAUGUUUUAACUGGUCAUGUUAUAGGCAAAAGACUUGAAUGGAACAAUUACGAAGCUACCUUAAUUAAAAGGAAAGUAUUAGAAAUUAAAGAAGUUGGUAAUGAAGUUCAUGAAACUAUAGAAAUAUCCGAUCGUGUAGUUCUAUUGGCAUUUGGUUUUGAUCAUUUAAUUGUGAUCACUCCAGGUCAAUGUCACAUUUAUUCUGUUACAAAUUGGAAUACACCUGCAAUAUUUGACUUAAAAAGUAGUUCUGUAUCAGCAGUUAUUCUUGCAAAUAAACAUUUUUUAUUGGUAGAAUGGAACUCUAUAACGUUGUACAAUUAUCAAGGUCGUUUAUUGGGUGUCCCUAAAUGGAAGGGUAUGACACAAGAACCUCUUUAUCCACCUUGUAUAUCCUUAUGUUUUGAUACUCUUGUUGUUAGAGAUCAGAAAAAUGAAAAAUUACUACAUGUUUUAGAAAUAUCAUAUAACAAGCCAAUUGUUGAAAGUCAGUCACAUUCUCAUCCUCAGAAUAUUACUCAAUUGGCAUUAAAUCAUAUUGGAAGCUCCAGUGAUCGACAAUUAGCACUUAUUGAUAUAACUAAAGAUUUAUAUUUAAUUUCCAUAAGAGCAACGGGUUAUGGCCGAGCAUGUAAAAUAGCUGCUAUGGCACAAAAUGUUAUAUGGGCUGUCGAUGCAAAUGUAUUAGCAGCAAUGCUAGAUGCUACUUUAUCCGUAUGGUUGUGUCCUAAUUGUGUACAUUACAGCGAUCGCAAAAUUAUACGACGAACUAGAAUCGAUAAAGAGAGCAGUGAAUUUGGAAAACAACCAACCAUUAUCAGCGUUUACAAUGGUAUGGUCAACGUAAGACGUGGAGAUGGUGCUUUAGUUUCAUCACAAUUUUAUACUUUUUUUACUAGCUUGCAUCAGCUUAUAUUACAAAAAAAGUGGAAAGAAUCUCUUUCACUCUGUCGCAUUGCUCAGAAUGAGAUAUUAUGGACAUGCAUGGCUAUUAUGGCAACAGAUAACAAAGAGUUGAAUGUUGCAGAAGAAGCAUAUGCAGCUAUUAGAAGAUAUGAUAAAGUUGAUUAUGUUCGACAUAUCAAAAAUUUACCCAAGAUAACAGAAAGAUAUGCGGAAAUGGCGUUAUUAUCUGGUGAUUUGCUAGCAGCUGAAGGUAUACUUUUACAAAAUGGGUUAAUUGAAGAAGCUAUUACAUUAAACAUAAAAGUUUACAAUUGGAAUAGGGCACUUGAACUUGCCAUAAGGCAUAAGAAACAAAUAGAAGAAGUUUUAAAUGCAAGAAAAGAUUAUUUAAAAACAUUAAAAAAAGAAGAAACAAACUCAAGUUAUCUUGCUGCAAUGAAUAAUAUAUCUUCAUCUUUGUUACAACAGGCACCAUCAUCAAUAGAGUGAAUUUUAUUUAUUGAUAUUAUUACUAUGGAAUAAGAUAGAAAUAUUUUAACAAUUUCAAUCAUCAUUUUUAUAAAUUAAUUGAAAAUUAACGACAUUAAGUAUUUAAUAAGUCACGGUAUAUUGACUUUGAAUCAUCGCAACUGUUUAUAAUUAUAUUUGAUUUUAUCUACUUUGAAUUGUAUAUUUCGGAAUGGAAGAUGCGCAAGCGUGUGUGUUAGAGAGAUGAUUGCGACAGGUGGUCGCAUCCGGUAUAGAGUCUACAGUAAUAAAGAAUUUUCUAUCUAUGUAUUAGAUCUGUAACGAUCAAGAAUGCAUCAUAGUUAUAUAGAAUAUUUUCCAAAGGUCAAUGGACCUUAAAUGAUGAUAAUUUGAUCGAAUUCUCUAAGGAUGAUUAAAAAUGAUCAAGAAAACCUAUUAAA